AUGGCGCAGCUCGCCGAAGAAAAGGGUGUAAAAAUUGUCUAUGGCUCCGCCACGAACAUCGAGCAAGAAGCCGGCGCCGUUAAGUCUGUCUCGUACAAGAGCAAAGACUCAGGCGAAGAACAAACCCUCCCCGCCGACACCGUCAUCCUCACAGCAGGGCCCUGGACUAAAACAGUCUGGAAACCAUCACCCAUCUCCGCUCUCCGCGCUCACAGCGUCACUAUCCGCCCAUCCCGUCCGGUCUCCGCCUACGCCCUCUUCACCUCAAUAGACAUGCCCCGCGGCAACAACAAACGCGGCGAAACCGUAACCCCGGAAAUUUACGCCCGGCCCAACCAAGAAGUCUACGCAUGCGGCGAGGGCGACCACCUCGUUCCCCUACCCACAUCUACAGAUCUCGUGCAAUGCGAUGAGAGUAAGUGUCAGGAGAUAUUCGACCAGGUCUCUGCUAUCUCCGAGGAGUUGAGGGAUGGAGAGGUUACGGCGAGACAAGCGUGCUAUUUGCCUAAUGUCAGUAGGGGGAGUGGACCGCUUAUUGGGAGGACGAGUGUGAAGGGCUUGCUGAUGGGUGCGGGGCAUACUUGUUGGGGGAUUCAGAAUGGGCCUGCGACGGGGAAGCUGUUGAGUGAGUUUGUGUUUGAGGGGGAGGGAAAGAGUGCGCAGAUUGGGAGUUUGGACCCGAGGAAGUUUGGUGUUUAG